AUGUCCUCUUUCUGUUUUACAGAAUUAAAACAAGGAAUUUCUCAAGACUUGGCUUCUUCCCCCAAAUUAGACAGAUACAAAGUAGCAAGGUAGUUAACAGAAAAAGCAAUCAAGGUAAAUGCUCCUUGGGACUCGGUGGGGAGGGGGACACUUUUUGAAAAGAACGUUUACUUUAUCUAUGGACACUACCCGGUGGUGCAUGCGGCUCUGUGGAGGAAGGGCUGGGUGGAGAAGAAGUUCCAUUUCUUGCCCAGGGUCAUUGCCACUGUCGACGAUAGAGGCACCAGGGUUGCUGAUAAUAAACCUGCUGAAGUGAAAGAAAAUAAAUAAACUGCUUUCGAGAGAAUAGAGGACAUCCACGAUGUGAUGUCUAGGUUGGUAAAAAACAAGAUGCCCUACCUCCUCUGGACCAUCAAGAGGGACGUCAUUGACCAUCACAACCUGAUCUGUGACCAGAUGCUGAACCACUACACCAAGACCGCCUCCUUCACCACCAAGAUCGGGCUGUGCGUGAACAUGUAGAGCCUGACAUGGUACGUCCCGGUGAACCCCGACUCCUUCUUCCCACACUGCUACAGCCUCUGUGCUGACAGUGAGCAGCAGGAGAUCCUGGAUGACUUCCGGCAUACCAUGGCAUCCAGCAUCCUCAAGUGGGUGGUCAGUCACCAGAGUUUCGGCAGCAGCAAGCCCACCGCCCAGGCGGAGGAGGCCGAGAGCAGCAAGCUGAACAGCGGGACAGAUGCUGAAAAGGCUGAGGCAAAGCUCACGGGCCUUCCCAGGCAGCUUGUGGACGUCGCAUACAAGGUGUGCCAGACCUACCUGGGGAAGCUGGAGCAUGAGGACAUCGACAUGGCAGAGGGCGCCACGGAGGACCUCACUGAGGCCGAGUGGGAGGACCUGACCCAGCAGUACUAUGCCCUCAUUCAGGCCAAGUUCUUCCUGGAGCCAGGAGUCCAGCACUCCCUUGACAGCAGCCACCAGAAAGAGGAACUGGGCAGAGGUGGUCCUGGCACCCCAGAACUUGUCUUCCUCCUGAGCAAGUCACUGCAGCCCUGGGUCACUGGAAACUUGCUGGUCCCCUGGGCGGCAUUGGCUGUGACCAGCAUGGUGGACAUCCACGGUGACCCGCCCUAUUUACACAAGAUCAUUUUGGGCCGGCCCCUUGUCUUCCUCCUGAGCAAGUCACUGCAGCCCUGGGUCACUGGAAACUUGCUGGUCUCCUGGGCGGCAUUGGCUGUGACCAGCAUGGUGGACAUCCACGGUGACCCGCCCUAUUUACACAAGAUCAUUUUGGGCCGGCCCUGGAGGGUCCUGUUCCUAUCCUGGGGCCAGCGGUGCACGUCGCUCACCAGGGAGGAGGUGUGUCGGCUGGACAGGUCCAACGGGUCCAACGGGUCCAACGGGUCCAACGGGGCCUGGGGUGGCUGCUGGCACCGCAUGGCUUCCCCUCCACCUUAUCACUUCUGGAGUCUAGCCCAUGACUGCAAAGCCACCAACGGGGUCUCGAUUAAUUUGAGGCUUCAGGCUAUUGCAGCAGAGAAAGAGCAGCUGGCAGGUAGUGCUGCAGCCAUCUGCACAGACAUAGUGUGCAUGUACCGUGUGGAAGAGAUCCUCAAGCUGGUGGCUACAGAGCACCCUCCUUCCAGGGACAACAAGUGGGUGGUCCAGAAGUACAUCGAGACACCAAUGCUCAUCUACAACACCAAGUUUGACAUCAGGCAGUGGUUCCUCGUCACAGACUGGAGCGCCCUGACCAUCUGCUUCUACAAGCAGAGUUACCUGCAGUUCUCAACACAGCGCUUCUCACUGGACAAGCUGGACAGCGCCAUCCACUUGUGCAACAACGCCAUCCAGAAGCACCUGAAGAAUGACGUGGGCUGCAGCCCUCUGCUGCCAGCACACAACAUGUGGACCAGUGCCAGGUUCCAAGAGUACCUGCAGCGCCAGGGCCGCGGUGCCACGUGGGGCAGUGUCAUCUACCCGUAAAAGGUGCCCAUCACCCACAUCAUGAUGGUGGCGCAGGAUCACGUGGAGCCUCGCAAGAACAGCUUUGAGCUCUACGGGGCCGACUUCGUGCUCGGGAGGGACUUCAGGCCCUGGCUGAUCGAGAUCAACUCCAGCCCCACCAUGCACCCGUCCACGCCUGUCACGGCCCAGCUGUGUGCAAAGGUGCAAGAGGAUGCCAUCAAGGUGGCCGUGGACCGCAGCUGUGACAUCGGCAACUCCAAUCUCCUGUGGAGGCAGCCUGUGGUCAAGCUGCCCCUAUUCAGCAGGUCUGACCUCUGUGUGGCGAGCAUUGGUAUGAGGAGGGUAAGAAGGCAGGUGCUGCCCGUCUGCAACCUCAAGGCCUCAGCCUCGCUGUGGGACGCACAGCUGCUGAAGGCACAGUGCCCCCUCGCCACUGGACCCAUACAACCAGCUCUCCAGCGAGACCUGGGACUGAGGGAUGAGAAGGGGCUCCCUCUGGCCUUGCCGGCACCCCUAAAAAGGCCAGCCAAGAGCAGCAGAGCCACACAGCCCACCCGCACCAAGGCUGCCAGGAAGGCGGAGCUCCCUGCUUGCCUUUGCCGCCAUGAGGACAGUCAGGCCCUGAACACCUGUGACCCCGAAGCCCAGCCUACCAGAUACUCAGAUCCAAACCUGUUUAAUGUGUACCCCUGGCGCCUGUGCUGCAGGGCCUGA